AAACGUUUUGUCUCAGCACAGUCAUAAAAAAAAACAAGUUUCCAAACAAAAAAAAGCGGGAUUAGGGUUUAAGACUUAAAAGACACAACUUCACUUCACUUCACUGUUCAUCUUCAUUUCUCUUUCACUGUUUUUUCCUCUCUUCCGAAAAUGCCGAACCCAAGAGUCUACUUCGACAUCAGCAUCGGCGGGGAACUCGAGGGUAGAAUCGUAAUCGAACUCUUCGCCGAUGUCGUUCCCAAAACCGCCGAAAAUUUCCGAUCUCUCUGCACCGGCGAAAAAGGCAUCGGUCCACACACCAACGUCCCCCUCCAUUUCAAGAACUCCAUCUUCCACCGUGUCGUCAAAGGUUUCAUGAUCCAAGGCGGUGACAUCUCUGCCUCCGACGGAACCGGCGGCGAGUCAAUCUACGGUCCAAAUUUCGAAGACGAAAAUUUCGACCUAAAACACGAACGGAAAGGGAUUUUAUCCAUGGCGAAUUCUGGUCCGAACACCAAUGGGAGUCAGUUUUUUAUUACGACGACGAGGACGCCACAUUUGGAUGGGAAGCAUGUGGUGUUUGGGAAGGUUGUGAAAGGGAUUGGAGUUGUUAGGUCUGUUGAGCUUGGUCCGGUCGGGGAGAAUGAUCGGCCGGAGCAGGAUGUUGUGAUUGCUGAUUGUGGGGAGAUUGCUGAAGGGGAGGAUGAAGGGGUUAUUAACUUUUUUAAAGAUGGUGAUACUUUUGCUGAUUGGCCUGUUGAUCUUGAUACGAAGCCGGAGGAGCUUGAAUGGUGGAUGAAUGCUGUUGAAUCUAUCAAAGGCUUUGGAAAUGAACACUAUAAGAAGCAAGAUUAUAAGAUGGCUAUCAAAAAGUAUCGCAAGGCUUUGCGCUAUUUGGACAUGUGUUGGGAGAAGGAUGGCGUUGACCAAGAGAAGAGCACUGCUUUAAGGAAGAUAAAAUCUCAAAUCUUUACCAACAGUUCGGCCUGUAAAUUAAAAUUAGGGGACCUUAGUGGAGCUUUACUUGAUUCAGACUUUGCAAUGCACGAUGGAGAUAAUGCAAAAGCUCUGUUUCGCAAAGGCCAGGUGUAUAUGUUACUCAAUGACCUGGAUGCCGCUCUUGAUAGCUUCAAGAGAGCAUUAGAGUUGGAGCCAAAUGAUGGAGGGAUAAAAAAAGAGUACGCAAUUGCCAGGAAGAAGGUUGCUGAUAGACAUGAUAAGGAGAAAAAAGCUUAUUCUAAGAUGUUCAAUUAGCCUUGGUGCGGAUAUGGUGUAUGUGACUCUAUGGUCUGAAACAAUCAAAUUUUUGUGGAGAGCAUGUCUAAUUACACAGUCAAAAAAUUUCAGAUUUUAGUGACAGUCUGAAAAUAUCAGAUAUAGUGUAUGUUUUUGAAUUUAUGCUUUCUAGAUUGUGAAGCUGUGAUAGAUACUCUUAUCACCAUUUUGACAAACUCUUUGAACAUCAACCAGUGAUUUUCUAUAACAGAGAUAGACAGAUUGAGACAUAUGA